AUGAUAGUCGCUCACGCUCCAAAAACUUAUUUUGGUUCAGGAGAUAUACAAAAAUCAUUGGGUUCUCUUCCUGGAUUUCCAUGGGCGAAAUAUCCCGGUGAAAAGAUCUUCCCGGUCAUAAUUACACCGGUCCAGAAACUAAAAAAACCUAACACUACAGCGUGGAUAAAUAAAGCGAAACCUUUCUUUGUGGAUCAAAUCGGAGACACUCUUCAAGGUGAUUUAGAUAUGAACAAUUUUAGCAUAACUAAUUUAAAGUCUCCGGAAAACGAUAAUGAUGCCAUUCACAAGAAAUAUUUACGGGAUCAAAUAAAUUCAAUUGAAGUAAAUAAAAACCAUUUAGAAGAUAAAAUAAGUAAUGUGAAAAGAUUCUUCAAACGUCAACUAAAUAAUAAAAAUUUUGUUAAUGAUACUAAACUACAACAAGAGGUACAAAGAUUAAUAAGUUUUAUUCAAAAAGAAUUGGUCAACGUAGCAAAUAAAACUGAGGUACAAAAUCUAAUUUCAUUAAUAUCUGAAUUAGAGGAUAAGAUUGCAAAACAAAAAUUAGACAUUCAACAAUUGAUAGAUAACAUUCCAGAUGAAAAUGAAGAUACGUUUCAACAGGAAUUAAAUGCUCUGGAAACUAAACUUAACAGUGAAUUACAAAAAGAACUAACAAAUAUUAAAAAACAAAUACAAAACAUAGAUGAUAGCGAAAUCAAAACCUAUAUUCAACAACAAAUACAAAACAAAGAUGAUAGCGAAAUCAAAACCUAUAUUCAUCAACAAAUACAGAACAUUGAUGAUAGUGUUAUUCAACAACAGAUAACCACUAUUAAUAACCUAGUAUUAAAACAGGACAAAAAUAUAGUCGCAUUAGAAAAAAAGUUUCUCAAGAAAGAAUCAUAUUAUUUCAAUUUUCCAUUUGGAAAUUUGAGACAAGGCGUUAUUAAUGAUAUUGAUAGAUCAAAAGACUAUGAAUAUAAAAAAUAUGGAUUUAAAGUAAAUAUAAGAGUAUUUUCUACUUCAAAUUUUUUUAACCCCCAUUAUAUAUUUAAUAGUGAUUAUCCAUCAGAUUUUACUUUUAAAGGAAAACUUGUAAUUGAAAUUAAUUUUCCCAUCCAGGUAAAAGUUGAUUCAAUAUUCUUCAGACAAAACCAUAAAAUUCAUUAUAAAUUCAACGCUCAAAAAGUUCUUAAGUUUAUCAAUGGUAGAGACAAUGUAGAAAUUAAAGAAUAUGAAAGUAACGACGAAAACAACAAGGUUAAUCACUUAUAUGAAAUUAAAACGAGUGGAAAAUAUAUAGAUAGGUGUAGAAUGUUAAUCAUUCCAGAUAAUAAAGAAGAUGAACUUUCAUUGAGUGAUUUUGAUAUGAUAUUACAGUCGAAAACUUCACCAUCAAUGAAUAUCAGACUCAGAUCCAUAUAA